AUGACCGGAAAUCCCACAGGCUCAAUGUCGGUGCACGACCUGCAGGCUCUUCUUGCCCAGGCGAUGAGGUCUGGCAGGGACCCGUCUCAACCAGUCCUCAACCCACGAGCUAUGUACGGGACCACGACCUACAGCAACACCCCAUUCCAGCUAGGCCCACACCAUCCAUCUCAUAUCCCGAUCCGGGAUACACGACCACAACCGAUGAUGUCUUACGCCAGUCAAUUGGCUUUAAGCCGACCAUCCGGAGAAAGUACGAAACUGCUUUUCAAAUGGAUAGAGGUUAUAUUCGCACCCAAUAUGCGCACUUUCCCGAAACCGUGGAGAAGGGGAGGUUCAAAUUACCUCACCAGCUCCUUCAUUCGUGUAUUCCGCGUCUAG